GUCGCUCCAUCUGGGGGUCCGGCGCCCGCCGCUCCGCCUGAGGGCCCGAGACCUGUCGCUCCAUCUGGGGGUCCGGCGCCUGCCGCUCCGACCGGGGGCCCGAGGCCUGUCGCCCCGCCCGGGGGCCCGAGGCCUGUCGCCCCCGCCCGGGAGCCCGGUGCCUGUCGCCCCGCCCGGGGGCCCGGUGCCUGUCGCCCCGCCCGGGGGCCCGCCCGAUGUGCCUCUGCCCGGAGUCCUGCCCGAUGUGCCUCUGCCCGGAGUCCAGCCCGGUGUUGCCUCUGCCCGGAGUCCAGCCCGGUGUGCCUCUGCCCGGAGUCCAGCCCGGUGUGC